GUAGGGCGGGGGAGGUAUUUUAUGAGGGCAGUUUCCCCACAUAUUUGCUUUGAGUAAAUCUUGUAAAAUAAUUUGUCGCAGCACGAUCCAUCAAGUAAGCAAAGCUUGAUAUCCACUAAGGGGAAUUACCUGAUUACGAAGGGGAUAGUAUCAGCAUCUCCUAAGUAAGGCAUGACUGACAGGAAGGCAGUAAUCAAGAAUGCUGACAUGUCUGAGGACAUGCAGCAGGAUGCAGUGGACUGUGCUACCCAGGCCAUGGAGAAGUACAAUAUAGAAAAGGACAUUGCAGCCUACAUAAAGAAGGAAUUUGACAAGAAGUAUAACCCUACAUGGCAUUGCAUUGUUGGAAGGAACUUCGGCAGCUACGUCACUCAUGAGACAAAGCAUUUCAUCUACUUCUACUUAGGGCAGGUGGCCAUCCUCCUCUUCAAGUCUGGCUGAGUUCUGUGAGGCCUGGAGUGCCUCUCUUCUCAACAUGAACUGUAAUGCACUGGUGGCUGAUGUCACAACUUCCCACACACUUCAAAUAUUAAAAUUAAAACAUACCAUGAUACACAACUGGCUGUGCGCAACUGCAUGGACUACGAUGUACCAUAUUUAAUGUGUAUAUGUUACAGUAAAAAUAUUACUUUCCACUAGUUUCCAUAAAAUGCAACUGGAAGAGAUUUUUGUUAAUGCUACAUUUUGUUAAAAUUUAUUUGUAAAUGCUUUAACAGUGGCCUUUGAUUGUAUAAUAAAGGAAAGCUAGAGAUUGUAGUUGUGCAUCUGCUUUCCCCCAGAGCUGUUUUGUUUUUGAUGACUUCUGUCCUGUCAUUUUAAAUGUGUUGAGUUGCUCAAGACUUUGACUUACUACAGCAGUUCGUAAUACCUGUAUAUUGCCAGAGGUACAAGUCAGCCUAGUGCAGUGUAUUUGGUGAUGUCGUCCCAGAUUUGCAACUGCUGUUAUCGAUCCCAUUAUCUCACAAUCUUAUUUUAUGAGCUGGACUGACAUUUUUCUAUUGCUAUUUGUAUUCCAAGCUAGUAGAGUUCCUAUGCCAACUUGUUUAGAUGCUUGGAGGUUCCAUUUGCAGAGGGUUGACACCAUCCACACUUGAACCUAUUCUGGCUGUGCAACAAAGGACUGAAUGUUGGCGUUCAGGUCCUUUUUGUAGACUUUCAAAUGGUAAGAAAAUAUUAAUCAUUAGUGGUUACAUUUUUUUUUUACUGUAUUUGCUAUGUUGGUUGUUUAUAGUUUAAUGCAAAUUGUAUGAUUUGCACAGACGUACCUCUUAUUGUUCUCAGUUCAUGGGCACCUGAACUCAAUUGCACUUCACUAAAGGGAUAUUUCGGCAAUGAGGCCCUAGAUCUACUCUCCCAGAGUCCGAUUCACUUGAUACCAUUGUCUGUCCAGUGUGGAGGAAGUUGGUAGUUUCGUGAGCUAACGCCAACUAGCGUUGGUGUAAUGACUUGGAGUUGCUAGUAGAUAACCAUAGACUGACUUCCAGUCAUCGCGCUAACGGAUCAAAGUUAUAAUUGACUCACGGCAAGUAGCUAAAGGGCCUCGUUACCAAAAUGCUGAAGUGUCCCUUUUAAAGGUGUCCAGUGAACUUGGAAACUUUAAUAUAGUCAAUGUAUAUUCAAGCCAAUGAUUAAAUGUUUCAUUGUAUCCUGA